CAUGUUUAUUCAUGUUACAUCUAUCGAACGGCUCCUUAGUAUUUUCGUUUAUUCAUAUUACAUUUCUCUUAUUUAUUCAUGUUAAAUUGCAACAAAAAAAAAAAAAGUAAAUAUGUUAGGCCUUUUAUGCUUGACAAGUGGCACAUUGGCUUGCUUUGGGCAUUGGCUUGCUUUCCUAUUUUUUCAGAACCUUCAGCAACAAUUUUAAAGGUUAAACCCCACCUAAAACCUCCCACCUUAUCACCUUUGCGACUCCGAAAAUGCCCAUUCUCUCGCACAAUCUCACUCUUGCCAACAAAUUUUCAUUUUCGAGCUACGAAUUCCCUUUUCAAUCUUGCAAACAAUCUAGCAAAUUUCCCCAAAUUCUUCGUAUAAAUUGUGCACAGAAAGCCAAAAGGACAGGAAAAUUGAGGUACCCAUCUGAGAAAAAGAAGCUAAGACAACAGAAAAAGGCCAAAAUUGACGAGGAAAAGAAAUUGGAAGGCGUCUGGAGGCUUUUUAGGCUCGGAGUUCCCGUUCAUGAAGACCCUGGAAAAGAUUUCUGGAGUGUCUCCGAGGCUCUGCUUAGAGAGAUAGCCAAAGUUCUUGAAUUUCCGGUAUCAUCCAUGUUGCCACCUGAGGCGUUCACGGUGGUCAGAAAAUCAUUUGAUGCGAGGAAGUUGCAGAAGGAGAAGAAGUUCGUAUAUACCGUGGAUAUGGAUGUUGAUAAACUCAUAAGCCUCGAGCCUCGAACCGUGGAGUUUGUUUCCGAGCUGGAACCGAAGGCUGGUUUUGUGGAGUUUUUACAUCACAGCAGCAUUUCUGGUGAUUUAAUGAAUGUAAUACGCAAUCACAGGAGCAUAGGUGAAAUUGAUUUUUCUAGUGAAGCUGUCCACAGCAAUCAAUUCACAGGAGGUUACAUUUCUACAAGCAGAAGAAAACCAAGAGUAGUAGUCGUCGGUAGUGGGCCCUCGGGACUGUUUGCUUCCCUUGUGCUUGCUGAAGCUGGUGCUGAUGUCACGCUAGUCGAAAGAGGGAAUGCAGUUGAACAAAGAGGGCGCGAUAUUGGUGCUCUGGUAGUCCGCCGGAUGUUACAAUUGGAAAGCAAUUUUUGCUUUGGGGAGGUUGUCUUUAAUAUCAAACAGGAAAUUACUCAACUUAGUGAUCCGUUUAAAGCUAUCAUAGAGCAUUUUAGUUCUGCAUUCAAGUUCAAGAAAGGUGGUGCAGGUACUUGGAGUGAUGGGAAGCUGGUAACAAGAAUUGGACGAAAUAAUAGUAGUGUUUUGACAGUUCUGAAGACACUGGUUCAUUUUGGUGCUCCAUGUAGUAUAUUGGUCGAUGGGAAACCUCAUCUGGGGACUGACAGAUUGAUUCCACUUUUACGAAACUUUCGCCGGCACUUGCAAGAGUUGGGUGUGACUAUCAGAUUUGGGACAAGGGUAGAUGAUCUUCUAGUGAAGGGUGAACGUGUUGUAGGUGUUAAAAUAUCCGAUUCGGGAGAUAGCUCCAAGUCUGGUUGCCAUAACUUGGAAUGUGAUGCUGUAGUUCUUGCAGUGGGGCAUUCUGCACGGGACACUUAUCAAAUGCUACUUUCACAUAACGUGGACAUCGUUCAGAAAGAUUUUGCUGUUGGUCUGCGGAUUGAACAUCCUCAAGAACUGAUAAACAAUAUACAGUAUUCCGAGUUAGCUUGUGAGGUUCAGCGUGGUCGUGGGAAAGUACCUGUAGCAGAUUAUCAGGUUGCUGAGAGGAUUAAGGCCUCAAGUGUGGAACCAAUAAUUCGUAAUUGUUACUCCUUUUGCAUGUGUCCAGGAGGCCAGGUGGUUCUGACCAGCACUGACCAGUCGGAACUUUGUAUUAAUGGCAUGUCAUUUUCUCGGCGUUCAUCCAGGUGGGCAAAUGCAGCACUUGUGGUGACUGUGUCAUCAAAAGAUUUCGAAGCUUUAAAUUUGAGUGGGCCUCUAGCAGGUGUUGGGUUUCAGAAAGCAUUCGAGCAAAAGGCAGCUCUAAUGGGAGGUGGCAAUUUUGUCGUUCCUGUACAAACAGUUACGGAUUUUCUGGAAAAUAGACUGUCAGUGUCAUCUCUACCACAAUCCAGCUACCGUUUAGGUGUAAAGGCCUCAAAUCUGCACGAGUUAUUUCCCACUGAUAUUACAGAAGCUUUGCAGUCAGCAAUUUCAAUGUUUGACGAGGAGUUACCGGGUUUUGCUUCCAGCAACGCCCUUCUUCACGGAGUCGAGACGAGGACUAGUUCACCCGUCCAAAUAACGCGGACACGUGACACGUGGGAAAGCACCUCCAUGAAGGGGCUUUAUCCGGUGGGUGAGGGUGCAGGAUAUGCCGGUGGAAUCGUGAGUGCUGCCGUUGAUGGAAUGCAUGCCGGAUUCGCACUGGCAUGUAAUCUUGGACUCUUGAACGACUCCAUAGGUUCGGUUGUGGGCAAGGCUCAAAAUGUCGGAUUUGUCAAAUACUAACGCUUGUACUUUAUGCUUCAAAUGUUGUGUAUAGUCAAUGCAAGAACCCUAGCCACAUGUUGAAAUGUAUAUGGCACUGUAAUUCACUUGUAUAACUCAUCUCCAAAAAUCUACCAAUUUCAAAAGUUCAAAGGAGAAUGUAAAUUUUGGAGUUUAGAGUUUGAAUUUGAAGAUAAUAAAGUCUGACUUACUGAAUAAAGUCACUUCUUUGAGGAUUGUUCUUUAAA